AUGUCUUCUGUCUUUGUUACGAGAAUCAUUUAUCAAGGUCCUCAACCGCCAAUACUGCCAUUCUUUAAACCUGUCGAUUAUGUAGAAGUUUUAGCUCAGAUUCAUGAAGAACUUGAGUCCUGUCCUCCACAACAGAGGUCAAAUCUCUAUUUGUUACAGUUUCAAGUAUUCAGAGGUCUAGGGGAAACCAAAUUGAUGCGAAGGAGCCUCCGCUCUGCUUGGCAGAGGGCUAGCAGUGUUCAUGAGAAACUUGUGUUUGGCUCAUGGUUGAAGUAUGAGAAACGAGGGGAAGAGCUUAUUUCUGACUUGCUUACCACUUGUGGCAAAUGUGCAGAAGAAUUUGGGCCAAUCGAUAUUGCUUCUCAGUUUCCAAUUGAUAUAAAUGUGACUUCCCAUGAGAGUAUGUCGAUGAGUGGGAACCAAAUAUCAUCAAAUGUCAUAUUUAGGAUUGGAAAGGAGAAAAUAAUUUGCGAUAGGAGGAAAAUUUCGGCCCUUUCAGCUCCAUUUUAUGCUAUGCUCAAUGGAUGUUUCACAGAAUCUUUUUGUGAGGACAUAAAUUUGUCUGAAAAUAAUAUAUCACCUUCUGGCAUGAGAGCAAUUAGUAAGUUCAGUGAGACAGGAAAUUUGAAUGAAGUUCCCCCAAAUCUUCUGUUGGAAAUAUUAGUUUUUGCAAACAAAUUUUGCUGUGAAAGGCUCAAAGAUGCAUGUGAUAGGAAGCUGGCAUCCUUGGUUUCUUCUAGGGAAGAUGCUGUAGAGCUCAUGGAAUAUGCUACUGAGGAAAGCUGUCCUGUUCUUGCUGCAUCAUGUUUGCAAAUUUUUCUACAUGAACUGCCUGAUUGUUUGAAUGACGAGCGCGUGGUGGAAAUAUUUAGAAAUUGCAACAGACAGCAAAGAUUAAUCAUGGUUGGACAAGCUUCAUUUUCUCUUUAUUGCUUGUUAAGUGAGGUUGCUAUGAAAAUUGAUCCUCAGUCAGAUAAAACAUCUUGCUUCCUAGAACGACUAAUUGAAACUGCUGAGAAUGACCGACAGAGACUGUUGGCUUUUCAUCAGUUAGGAUGUGUGAGGCUCUUCAGGAAAGAGUAUGAUGAAGCCGAGCAGCUUUUUGAAGUGGCUAUAAGUUUAGGCCAUGUGUAUUCUGCUGCAGGUUUGGCAAGAAUUGGUUACAUUAAGGGUCAUAAACUUUGGGCUUAUGAGAAGCUCAGCUCUGUGAUAUCCUCUGUUGCUCCGCUUGGAUGGAUGUAUCAGGAGAGGUCAAUGUAUUGUGAAGGUGAUAAGAGAUGGGAAGACCUUGAGAAGGCAACCAAAUUGGAUCCUACCCUCACUUACCCGUAUAUGUAUCGAGCAGCUUCCCAAAUGAAGGAACAUAAUGCGCAAGCUGCACUGGCAGAGAUCAAUCGCAUUCUUGGGUUUAAACUUGCACUAGAAUGCUUGGAACUGCGGUUUUGUUUCUAUUUAGCUCUUGAAGAUUAUCAAGCAGCCCUUUGUGAUGUUCAGGCAAUUCUUACACUUUCCCCAAAUUAUAGAAUGUUUGAUGGCCGGGUGGCAGCAUCACAACUCCGUACACUAGUGCAUGAACAUGUUGAGAAUUGGACAACUGCAGAUUGUUGGUUACAGUUGUAUGAUCGGUGGUCUUCUGUUGAUGACAUUGGAUCCCUCUCUGUAAUCUACCAGAUGCUUGAAUCAGAUGCAGCAAAAGGUGUUCUUUACUUCAGGCAGUCUUUGCUUCUCAUUAGGUUGAACUGUCCUGAAGCAGCAAUGCGGAGUUUGCAGUUAGCUCGUCAACAUGCAUCCAGCGAUCACGAACGUUUGGUUUACGAAGGGUGGAUCUUAUAUGACACUGGUCAUUAUGAGGAAGGACUUCAAAAAGCAGAGGAAUCAAUAAAAAUCAAGCGUUCUUUUGAGGCCUUCUUCCUUAAAGCCUAUGCAUUGGCUGACUCUAGUCUGGAUCCGUCUUGUUUUUCAACAGUUAUUUCACUGCUUGAAGAUGCUUUGAAGUGUCCCUCUGACAGGCUGCGGAAAGGGCAGGCACUGAACAAUCUGGGAAGUGUUUAUGUUGAUUGUCGGAAAUUAGACUUGGCAGCUGAUUGCUACAUUAAUGCCCUUAAAAUUCGGCAUACACGAGCCCAUCAGGGUCUAGCUCGGGUUCAUUUUCUUAGAAAUGAUAAGGUUGCUGCGUAUGAGGAAAUGACAAGACUGAUUGAGAAGGCUAGGAAUAAUGCAUCUGCAUAUGAGAAGCGGUCUGAGUACUGUGACCGUGAACUCACAAAAGCAGAUCUGGAGAUGGUCACCCGAUUAGAUCCACUCCGAGUUUAUCCUUACAAAUACCGAGCUGCAGUAUUAAUGGACAGCCACAAAGAGAAGGAAGCGAUUGCGGAACUCUCAAGAGCGGUUGCUUUUAAAGCAGACCUUCAUCUUCUUCACCUGCGAGCAGCGUUCCACGAGUACAUUGGCGAUGUCUUUGGUGCUCUACGAGACUGUCGUGCUGCACUUUCUGUCGAUCCAAAUCAUCAAGAAAUGUUGGAACUUCAUAGCCGUGUAAACAGCCAUGAACCUUAAAAAAGAAUCUGCAAAGAAAGCUAAAAAAGAGGAACAGGGAGAAAGACAGUGUAGAACAAAAGAUUAAAUUGUAUAAUUUGUGUAUUAGAGCAAA